UCGUCCCGUGAUAUCAUCUUCUUCUCCGCCGGCUGGCCGUAAUGGAGGAGGCGGAUGCGGAGGCUAUCCGGGCGUUGUACCACGGGCUGGUGGGAACGGGAAAGCUGCGGGAGGAGGAGCUCUCCUCCUUCCGCCGCCACUUUGAUCGCCUGCCGUCGAGCUACCUGACUACCCGCUACAUGUGGCCGGGGCCCGACGACGUGCUGCUCGACCGGAAGGUCCUCUCGGACGCCGCCGCAAACAAGCGCAUCGCCGCCCACGCACGCUUCAUACAACGCGUUCGGCUCCCCUACGACGACGACGGCUUCGGCGGCGGUCCACCCGAUGAACAGCCGACGCUGCCGGAGCUGAGGCAAGAGGAAUUGCUUGUUCAUGAGAUUAUCUUUGCUUCUCGCGACAAACCAGGACUCCUUAGCCAGUUAUCGACAUUGAUGAAUUGUGUCCGACUUCAUAUUCGCGAAGCUCAUAUUUUCACCACAAUAGAUGGCUUCUGUUUGAGCAUUUUUCAUGUCGACGGUUGGUCUCGGGAGGAUGUUAAAGGAUUGAUCGAAGCGAUAGAGGAUGAAUUGAUUCGUGAAAAGGUGUACAAUGUAUAAGGAUUGGAGCAUGCCCCUGCUGAAGAUGGAUAUAAAAUGGAUAUCCAAAUGGCCUUGUGAUAACUUAUAUGUGUAUUGUGAUGUCAAUGUGUGUGCCCCUACUACUUGCAUUGAGUGGUUCUCAAAGAAAAAUUAUAGUCACGUUUGUAGAAGAACAGUUAAUUAUAUUCUCAUAAGAGACAUAUCAAUGUAAUUUGUUGCUCGUGAUUGCACAUGCAGAUUUAUGUAAUCUCUCUUGAAACUCUAGAGCAGUAGAGCUGAUUGGUAUGCAUCUAUAUGUAAUAUGUUUCAAUGCAAUAAACGAUCUAGUCGCUGAGUC